UCGGCCAUUUCCGUCGCGCCCCGGCCGCCAUUUUGUCGCCGCUCGUGUGUUCUGGCUGGUGCGCGGCUCGGUCCCCGGGACGAGGCUUUGUCCGCUUCGGCAAUGGACGGAAUCGUCACAGAGGUCGCGGUUGGCGUCAAGAGAGGAUCUGACGAACUGCUCUCAGGUAGUGUCCUCAGUAGUCCCAGUUCGAACAUGAGCAGCAUGGUGGUGACAGCCAACGGCAAUGACAGUAAAAAGUUUAAAGGGGAAGAUAAAAUGGAUGGAGCUCCUUCUCGUGUUCUUCACAUUCGGAAACUGCCGGGUGAGGUGACGGAGACGGAGGUGAUCGCUUUGGGCUUGCCUUUCGGAAAGGUGACCAACAUCCUCAUGCUGAAAGGGAAGAAUCAGGCAUUUUUGGAACUAGCAACGGAGGAGGCAGCUAUUACCAUGGUUAACUACUAUUCUGCCGUGACCCCUCAUCUUCGUAACCAACCGAUUUACAUACAGUACUCCAAUCACAAGGAGCUGAAGACAGAUAACACUCUGAACCAGCGCGCCCAGGCCGUGCUCCAGGCUGUGACCGCCGUGCAGACGGCCAACACGCCGCUCAGCGGCACCGCCGUCAGCGAGAGCGCAGUGACGCCCGCCCAGAGCCCCGUGCUCCGGAUCAUCAUCGACAACAUGUACUACCCCGUGACCCUGGACGUCCUCCACCAGAUAUUCACUAAGUUCGGUGCGGUGCUGAAGAUCAUCACGUUCACGAAGAACAACCAGUUCCAAGCUCUCCUCCAGUACGGCGAUCCAGUGAACGCGCAGCAAGCAAAACUCGCCCUGGAUGGUCAGAAUAUUUACAACGCUUGCUGUACUCUGAGGAUUGACUUUUCCAAGCUUGUGAAUUUGAAUGUGAAAUACAACAAUGAUAAAAGUCGGGAUUACACCCGACCGGACCUCCCGUCGGGAGACGGACAGCCCGCGCUGGACCCCGCCAUCGCCGCGGCGUUUGCCAAGGAGACGUCCCUCUUAGGGCUUCCCGUUGCAGCUGUUCCAGGAGCUCUGAGCCCUCUGGCCAUUCCAAACGCCGCGGCGGCUGCGGCGGCAGCUGCGGCGGGCCGCGUGGGGAUGCCCGGAGUCUCAGCCGGCGGCAACACGGUCCUGCUGGUCAGCAACCUGAACGAGGAGAUGGUUACGCCCCAAAGUCUGUUUACCCUCUUCGGUGUUUAUGGAGACGUGCAGCGCGUGAAGAUUUUGUACAACAAGAAGGACAGCGCCCUCAUCCAGAUGGCCGACGGAAACCAGUCCCAGCUCGCCAUGAACCAUCUCAAUGGACAGAAAAUGUAUGGAAAAAUUAUUCGUGUUACUCUGUCUAAACACCAGACUGUGCAGCUACCUCGGGAGGGACUCGAUGACCAAGGUCUCACGAAAGAUUUUGGUAAUUCCCCAUUGCAUCGUUUUAAGAAACCUGGAUCCAAAAACUUUCAGAACAUUUUUCCUCCUUCGGCUACUCUUCACCUGUCCAACAUCCCCCCUUCGGUCGCGGAGGAGGACCUGCGGACCCUGUUCGCGAACACGGGGGGCACUGUGAAGGCGUUCAAGUUUUUUCAAAGAGAUCACAAGAUGGCCCUGCUGCAGAUGGCCACCGUGGAGGAGGCCAUCCAGGCCCUGAUCGAUCUGCACAACUACAACCUGGGCGAGAGCCACCACCUGCGCGUGUCCUUCUCCAAGUCCACCAUCUAGGGCGCGCGCGGGCGCGGCGGGCGGGCGGGCGGCCGGCGGCGCCGCUGCUGCGGACUGUUCGAAGAGUGGGGACCAGAGUUGGGUUUUGUUCUCGUUUCUUUUUUUCCUCAUGCUGUCACCAUUCCUUGGUUCUAGAGCGGAACGGCGUGUGUGAAGGCAGAGGCGUUGGUAACUGCUGCGUUCCAUCUGUGCGGAGGGGAGGCCAUUUUUCUUGUCCGUUGGAAGUUUCAGUUUCACCUUCCUUUUUCAACUUAGUUGACGUACGUGCCUUAAAAGGAAAACUAGUGUUGCUGUUGUGCAUUUACUAGAGCAAAGGAAUCGGCUGUCCAGGCACACUGUUCUGUGGGGUCACAACUUGUUUGGGCAGGGGUGUGUAAAAAGGUUAAGUUUUUGUUUUCUCCUGCUUGGAACUUACUUUGAAUUACUGGCUUGUCACAUUUCUUUCUAUUUAAUCCAGUAAGAUAUAGGAUAGUGAAGACUAAAGCAGCGUUUUUUAGUUUUACUGCCUUAGGCUUUAUUGCUUUACAAACACAUCGGCCCUUUGUAUCUCACGGUUCUGGUCUAGAGUCCGUUUCGAAGGGAGGCGUUAGCCGAAGCUCACGAGAUGCGGAGCGUUGCUUUCUGUAAGUUUGAGCCCUGCCUGGAAGCCUCGUGGAACCUUAACCUUUUGUACACGCUCUUGUGGGACGCGUCCUGUAACUGUCAGCACUGAGUACUGUCUUGUUUGUGGCUGAAUAUUUUUCGUAGACGUUUUUGAAGUUGACAUGACUUACGUGCAUCUAAAUAUAUCUCGCCAUCCUUAGUUCGUAACGGAGACUUGGAACAUGGUGUGGAUCUCUGAGCAUGUGAAGGCGGGUCUAGCUAGUGCGGGAGCCGGUGCAUGUGUUUUCGAAGGCGGAGCAAGCGCCCUGCGGGAGCCUGCAGGGAGGUUGAUUCUGUGGCAGUUUUCUAAAACUGACAACCAGGUGGGACCAAAGUUUAUGUGCCUUUAGUCUUAAUUUACCUUGCAUUGUAAUAUUCAGUUUUAAUAAAUCUUCAAAAUAUUUUGUAUUUAGGAAUAGAUCUGACUUUAAUAAAAACAUGGCUCAGAAUCUACAGGUCAAAUUAAUUUGAACAGUUCUUGUCGAUCUGAAUUGUUGGUUCUGUUUAAAUGACCAAUACUUUUUUGAAAUUGAUGUACUUAGUUUCAAGAUUCAUAGAUUCUGUUAUCUAUGUAGACAGAACGGUCAUGUAUAUUUUCUAUUAGUUGAGUUUUUACAUCUUUAGAAAUGUAAAAUUCAGCAUAGUUUGAAAGCGGCACAAUUAAAAAUUAAUUUUCUAACAAA